AGGAGUGGGCCCCUCCCCCCUCGCACAUUGUCGCUCUCUAAGGGGAUUUGCUCGUAGAUGUGAAAAAACAUCAAACAGUUCUCUCAUUGUUCUUAAGGUCGCCUGAACUCUCCCAAUCAUUUCUCUCUCUACACCUGUGUUUGCGUGUUUAUCUUCAGACUCAGGCAGCCCUGGUUGGAGUACUUCAUUCUUCAUGCAGACAACAGAAGAUGCUGCCACUGCUGAUCCUCCGCCACGACCAUCUGUGGUAUUCUCAUCGAAAGAUGAAAACAGUAAUAGUUCACUUCAGAAACUUCAACAUCAAGUUUCUAGAGUUAUUAAGGGUUUGUCACAUCCUCCUGGGAAAAGUCGAAUUUACAACCCAGAAGUAUUAACUAACCUAAAGCGUCAAUGGGCAAGAUUUCAGAUGCAGUCCCUGGAUCAUAAGCAUUUGAAAGCACCAUCAAGGAUUUUUGAGAGCAUGGUAAUUGUUGGACUUCCUCCACAGUGUGAUAUUCAGGCACUUCAAAAGCAGUACUUUGGGAGAAAGUCAGAAGGCUCGGGGAAAUUUGGAAGUGCGCUUAGUGGUCAGCAUCAUUCUCGUGUAGAACCUGACAUUGAACCCCAGGUCUUAUUUGUUUAUCCUCCUGAUAAACAUCUGCCGCUUAAGUAUAAAGAUCUUCUUUCAUUCUGCUUUCCUGGAGGUCUAGAGGUUCAUGCUGUUGAAAAAGCUCCCUCAAUGAGUGAGUUGAAUAAAAUACUUAUUGGGCAGGAACACCUCAAACAAAGUGACCUGUCGUUCGUAUUUCGUUUACAGGUUGCUGAUGAUUCAACCUUGUAUGGUUGCUGUUUGUUAGUUGAGGAAAUAAUACAAAAACCCUCUGGAUUGGUUUCCAUGAUCUCAGAUGGACAACCAUUCCAUUUGGGUUUAAGCCACUAUAUAUUAACCACACGGCGGUGUUAUUGCAUUCUUUCGAGGAUUCCAUAUUUCGAGCUGCAUUUUGGUGUAUUGAAUAGUAUUUUGACUGAAGAAAGGUUGGAAUGGUUAACAAUGGGUAUUAGUGAUUUAGAUUUGGAAUCAGCUGAGAUGGAUUUCAAGGAAGAAAAUUUAAUAGAAAACUCUGAUGGUAUUUCAUUGGAACAUAGAGCAAACAACAUGCUGAAUGGACCCGUAGAUACUUCCCAGUUAAGCACAAGUGAUUCUAUCCCUCAAGAAGUCAUGGAUGAUGGGUGUCACGUGGAGCACCAAAUGAUUGAAAGUAACAUGCACUCGCUGAAGAAAGAUAUGAACGACAAUGCUGUUAUCCCAGUUGAUCCUGAAGUAGAGAAGCUUCUAGAUAAAAGAGAAUCUGGGGCUGCAAGUGAGAUAUCUCAAGCUGAUUGUAGUCGUGUUGAUGAUUUUGUGAGUAACAAGCAACUGGUGGAAAGGUGUCGAUCAAAUGCUGUUUUGCCACCUCUAUGGUAUCAACAGAAUGAAAGCUGUGAAUCUUCCUCAAGUUUUCAGGGUUUUCCUAGAGAAGACAGAAUUUUUAGGAGUGACAUCAAUGAAGCAGAAAUAGAAGAGGCAUCCUUUUCUGGUCAGGAAUAUUACAACGACCACAGUGAUAUUCUUGAAUGGGCUAAGGCAAAUAACAAUGGAUCCUUACAAAUAAUAUGUGAGUAUUACCGGUUACUUUGCCCUGCUAGGGGUUCAACAAUUACAUUCCACCCUUUGGAGCACCUGCAUCCUUUGGAAUUUCAUAGACCUGAUGAAGCGGUUCUACAUAUUGCUGGGUCAAAAAUUGAUUUGAAAUCACACAGCCUUAUUUUGGAAUUACCAGAGGCACAGAGUGCACUCAUGGCAGAGGAGGAGGCAACUGCUUUAUCCGUAUGGGCUGUUGCAUGUCUAUGUGGCUUCUUACGACUUGAGAAUGUGUUGACAGUGUUUGCUGGGGCUCUGCUGGAGAAGCAAAUUGUGGUUGUUUGUUCUAAUUUGGGUAUAUUGUCUGCUAUGGUCCUGUCCAUAAUCCCACUGAUUCGUCCUUAUCAGUGGCAGAGCUUGUUAAUGCCGGUUUUGCCAAAUGACAUGCUGGAGUUCUUGGAUGCCCCAGUACCAUACAUAGUUGGUGUAAAGAAUAAAACCACUGAAGUGCAGUCAAAGUUAACAAACGUCAUUCUCGUUGAUGCACAGAAGAACCAGGUAAGGUCUUCGACAAUACCUCAACUACCCCGACAAAAGGAAUUAUAUUCGUCCUUAAGUCCUUACCAUGCAAAACUCGUGGGAGAAAGUUACUUGGGGAGAAAAAGACCAGUGUAUCAAUGUACUGGUGUGCAGGUUGAAGCUGCCAAGGGAUUCCUAUCAGUGUUGAGAUCUUACUUGGAUUCAAUUUGCUCUAAUCUUCGUUCUCACACUAUUACUAAUGUUCAGUCCAAUGAUGAUAAGGUAUCAUUGCUUCUGAAGGAGAGUUUUAUUGAGUCAUUUCCUAGUCGUGACCAACCUUUUAUGAAGCUCUUUGUUGACACACAACUCUUCUCUGUACAUACGGAUCUUGUACUUUCGUUCUUCCAAAAGGAGUAGUGCAGCCAUGCAAGGUUGGCUGAAAAUGUAUAAUUUUUUAGAUCAUGAAUGGAAGUUUUGGAACUUACAUAUUUUUGUUUUGAGCUAAGAAUUCGAAAUGUUGUUUUUGUUUUUGAUUUGUUUUUUCGAAUCAUUCUCAUCUUUUCUCUUAUCCUCAUCACUGUAAACAUAGGAGUAGGCAUUACGCAAUAGUGAUACUCGAAUCCAACAUCACACUUGGGUAAGAGUGUUCAACCUGGUAAAUCCUUGGUUUGGCUUUUGAACUACCAUCCAAAUUUUGAAAUUCCAAAUGCUGGUUUAUAGAAGUGUCUUAUGAAA